AUAAGCUAUAGCACCGUGUGUGAGAUGAGCAACCUUGAAAUUGAUUAUGAGAAGGAAGUGAGGCCGUGGCUCGAGCUCGCCGAAGACCUCAGAGACCUCUCGUUAGAUAACACAUUGUCGGUGCCGCAGAUUUGCGUUAUGGGUGACCAGAGCAGCGGUAAGAGUUCCGUGCUUGAGGCUUUGUCCGGUGUUCCAUUUCCAAGAGGCUCUGGGCUUGUCACCCGUUGCCCAGUGCGCCUUGUUAUGCGUCGCGCUGCAGCUGGCAUGCAAUGGUCAGCUCUCGUUUCUACCACAUCAUCAGCACAGACUGUAGCUGCAGAAACACCUACUGAACUCGCUGAACUGAUUUCACGGUUGACUGAAACAUUAACGCGCAACACCCAGGGCUUCUCUUCAGAGGCCAUCAUAGUCAGACUUUCCUCGCCCGAGUCACCGGAACUGACAGUUGUUGAUUUACCAGGAAUUGUACGCACGGCAACUGUGGGGCAAGGUCUGCAGGUGAUAGCUGAAGUUGAUAAACUUAUUGAUGAGUAUCUAAGACAAGAUCGUACAAUAAUCCUAGCUGUAAUACCAGCUAAUCAAGAUAUUGCGACUGUAGAUAUCCUGGAGCGCGCCCGCCUAGUUGAUCCGACAGGUGAACGCACCCUCGGUGUUCUCACAAAGCCCGAUCUAAUUGGCCCUGGCAACGAAGAAGAAGUUGCUGCAGUGCUGAAGAACAUUCGCAAGCCCUUAAAACUUGGCUAUGUCAUGGUUAAAAAUCGCUCCCAGGCUCAAAUAAGAAAUGGAACCUCGCCUGAGGCAGCGAAGGAAGAUGAAGAGGCCUUUUUUGUAUCGCACCCAAUAUUUUCGUGCCUUGAUCAACGGCUGCUUGGUAUCAAAAAUUUGACAUACGCACUGACCAAAAUUCUUGUAUCUCGCAUUAAGGAAGAACUUGCGCCAAUGAAACGCAGAGUUGAACUGAUGCUCAGUGGUGUUCGGGCGGAGGUGCGCGCGAUUUCAUCAUACGGCAGUGCGUCCUCAGCCAGCGACCGACAAAAGCUGCUGGUCACUCUAACACAAGAAUUUGUCAGACACUUGAAUGAUUGUGUUCGUGGCGAGUAUCGCGACCGACUUAUAGUAUGUAAUCCUAAUUUGAGGCUCUAUACUCGCGCGCUGGUCAUAUUUCAAGAGCUGCAGUCCCGUGUGGUUGCCACUGCGCCCCCCUUUCGAGCACAUGGUUUUGUUACAGACUUGGCCCGUCAAAUGGAAGCCCUGCGUGGCCGUGAGCUUCCUGGAUUUAUGAGUGCGCAGUCAUUCUAUAUGUUCAUACAGGAAUUCAUUGAUGCGUGGGCGGCGCCGGCUCGCAUGGCCGCCGCUCAAAUGCGAGCCUUGGCUAAUGAAGUCGUUCAUGAAAUGUUCAAAAAAAUAGCAAUCUCAUAUCCAAACCUCAGAGACUCUUUUCAGACUGUGGCUUCUUCUAUUCUGGAACUGUCGGAAGAUGAGGCAUUGAAGCUGCUUGAAGGUCUUGUAACCCGUGAGAAAGACCCAUUUACCAUCAAUGAAUUCCUGCAAGCUCAUAUUAAUAAGCUGCGGUAUGAUCGCUUUGAAGCCUCGGUAGAUACAGCAUUCAAAGGGACCGCAUAUGAUGGGCCAGGAUCAGGCUCUUGGCAGGCAACCAAAGAGCAUGUGGGUGCAUCUCUUCGUUCUUGGUAUCGUUCAGCACAUGGUGUUAGCUCAUCCGCGAAUGCGGAGGAUAUGUCGGCCAUAUUAGAAGCUUACUGGACUCUCGCAUCCAAACGAUUUAUCGACAAUGCGUGCAUGUGCCUUGAUGACCGCAUCCUUGGAACUCUGUGCGGUAAACUUCAAGAAAAGUGUUACCAUUUCGUGCAUGAUGAAGCUCAGUUAGAGCUAUUUUUCACUGAGGAUGACGCUAUGGUAGCAAAGCGUUCUCAAUUGGAAGACACUCGGGAUCGGCUCAUCAAAGCAAAUGCUGCAAUGAAUAAUAUCCAGACAACUAGACGACAACUGCCAGGUACUGACCUGCUGUCACCGCAUCAGGGAGGUCAAUUUAAAAUGACUGUGCGAAUUGGUGCCCAAGGCCUUGGUCUACAAUUGGCUGAUGAAGCAAAUCAGGUAGUCACGAGGGGCUUUCGUGCAGGCAGCCCAGCUCAAGAGGGCGGUGUCAGACUAGGCGACGUCCUUGUAGAGAUCAACGGGAUGCCCUUUACUUCAUUCAACGAGGCUAUUGCUAGACUGAAAUCUCUCAAUCAGGGUAUUGUCACAUUGACAUUACGCCGGGUCGCAUAAUUUUUACCGUUGAGAAGUAGAUCCCAGCAGGCAACCUGUCGCCCCCCCCCCCGGGUCCAAAUGAUACCAGAGUUGCCGAUUCGUGUGUGGCGCCCGGGGUCUGGCGUAUGUCGAUUGCGCCCGCAUGCGAAAAAUAUGCCAACUUCAGUUCGAUUCCAGGCAAGACCCUGUGAGUUAAGGUCCAAUUGCAGAGUAACUCGCUCCUCCUCCGGGGUAUCAUUAGUGGGUUUCGUGAGACGGAUCAACCUGAAACCAGCUGUGCUGGGACUCAGCUCGUUCAUGGCCCCGGAUAGCUGAAAAUUCUUCAGUGGGCUGUGGCGACUCAACGGAUUAGUGGUCUCAAACUCGUGACCGGAGACAUAUUCUAUGAUCGUGAAGGCGUUUUCCUGUGAGAAAGGAUACUGGUCAGCAGCAAGCAUUAUUCAGGGGGCUAUGACCCGGCUGCUAUGGAACCCCGCGAUCUUACUCAUGCCAUUUCUUGCCCACCUCGGUCACGGGAGCCCCAGCGAGGCCCAUCCCCGGCACAACAACAACCCUAAGCCUGCCAUCAUCCAGAAGGCCCCCCUACUCCGGGCCUUACUACUCCCCUGACGACGCGACUGGGCCAUCGAUAUGUUAGAAUACCACCCGAAUAUACUAGUAAGGCGGGUGUGUGAGCCU